AUGAAGAACUUUAUUACCUUCCUUGCUACUGUGGCCUGUGUAGCAGCAGCACCUGGCUACCUCUUAACCCACGAACCUGAUUACGUCCACCUGCCUGUAUCCAAGUCUACAUACACUACAUCAAGCCAGACUAUUGACCACGGCAGCACCCACGUUAUUCACCCCUUGCCUGUAGUCCACACUGCCCCACUAGUCCACAUCCCAAUGUCGUACAGCACCCAGUCCCACGAACGUACCACAUACAACGCACCCGCCUCUAAAACAACGGUAACUAACAGUAAACAAAUCGUGAACCAUGGAAGCACAUCUGUAUACCACGCGCCAGUCGUCCAUCCGGUGGUAGCUCUCCAUUCAUCACCAGUUGUUUACCACUCAUCGCCUGUCGCCUUCAAGAAUCCGGACUACGCUGUAUCUCAUCAGAGCUCAACAGUCCACGAGACAGUCCCUGUAGUGAACUCUUUAGCAUUGUACGCGUUACAUUAA